AUGGAGUUCUCCAAUGGCCGCUUGCUUCCUCACAGCUCAAGAGGGAGAGACUCCAGCAAGAUGAGACUUACAGUCUUAUGCGCAUGCGUCCCUUCCUUUUCCCACGGUGGGAAAAAAAAGACACCACCUCUUUUCCUUCCGCUUUGUAUAUCUUUUGGCCCGGGCGACUCGCCAUCGCCCUUGGGGAGGCGUUCACUGGCCGAAGUGAUGGCGACCGGGACCCCAGAUUCGCAAGCGCGAUUCGGUCAGUCCGUGAAGGGGCUUCUGACGGAGAAAGUGAACACCUGUGGUACUGAUGUGAUCGCUCUAACCAAGCAGGUUCUGAAGGGCUCCCGGAGCUCCGAGCUGCUAGGUCAGGCAGCUCGAAACAUGGUACUACAGGAAGAUGCCAUUUUACACUCAGAAGAUAGUUUAAGAAAAAUGGCAAUAAUAACAACUCAUCUUCAGUAUCAGCAAGAAGCUAUUCAGAAGAAUGUUGAGCAGUCUUCAAAUCUACAGGACCAGUUGAAUCAUCUAUUGAAAUAGAACGAGUUAGAAGAGGGCGAAAGCACUUCUUUGCCUGACCCUGAGGAGGAAGUAUCUUACAUAACCAUGUGCCAUGGGUUUGAUUUUCCAUUUUCUUUUCCAAAAGUUAAGUUAGAAAAGAUCUGUGAUGAUGAACAGUUUCUCCUGAAAGGAAAUUAGGUGACUAAAUUUUAGAAGCACUUAUUAAAUCAAACCAACGCAUGCUCUUAAUUAAUUUUUAAGUUGUUCUGUUAGUUUGAUAUUAAAGCAAAAUUAAAAGAUGUCUUAGUUUUUCCCACAGAAUUUUAAUACGUUAAAAGCCAUGUUGUCUAAAUGUGUUUCUUAAGCAAAUACUGAUUAGUGUUUUAAAUUCUGACUUAGAGAUUCUACUGUGAAUUUAUAAGAAUGAUUAAUAUUUUUUAAAGACUUUUUUUCUUUUAAUCAUACUUUCAGGAAAUAUUUUAAUUUCAUGGUCACAGAAUGAUGAUUAGGUAAUACUGGUUGUUUUCUUUUCUAGUAACUAAGAAGAGAUACUUAUUUUAUUUGUUGGAGCAAAUUCCUUCAUGAAAAUUAGGCAAAUGGUAUCAUAUCUGGCCAGCUGCAACCUCCUGCCUUGACCUUCAUUCCUAGGGUUUCUUUGUUGUUGUGACUCUUGAUUAAGUGGCCUUGGGUUCAUUUUGUAAUUUUGCUAGUCGUCAGCAAAUUCACUUGUAUGAUAUUAUUGCCAAGUGAGAACGCAGCUAAAUUACCAAGAUUGCAGUAUAAGGUUGUGCCAUGUAGAAAACCUUAUGUUUGUAGACAUAUACCUAUGUUCACUGAAUUUAUCUUAUUAAAUGUUAUUGCCUUUGUUCUCAA